AUGCUGACGCUCGAGCUGGAGAGCGCCAAGGGACAGGGGGGGGAGAGAGAAUUGAGACAGUGCGUGUACGCGGAGAUCGCGCCGGAGAUGGUGCCGGAGGACGAGGAACGAGGGGAGGAGGUGAGUUUUAGGGACGAGGCGAACGCGUUCAUGCUGCCGACGGCGACGCUCAAGGAAAUCGUGGACGAUUUGGAGUGGCCGAACGGGGACGUUUUGUUGGAGUGUGACGUGGACAUGCUGAAGUUUAGCGCGCAUGGGGCGGAAAUAGGUGAUCUAGCCGUGGACGUGGACGUCGGGGCGACCGGGAGGUUGACCGAGUUCUCGUGCGCGCAGCCGAGCGCGUCGAGGUACAAGUAUCGAUUCCUGAAGAGCGCGACGGCGGUGGGCGGGAGUUUCCUCGGCGGUGGGGGCGCGGGCGCAGGUGGCGGUGGAGGCGAUGACACGGUGACGAUGACGCGCGUGUCCAUAUCAAACGUUGGAUUUUUGAAAAUCGUCCACCUGUUGCACCUGAGUCGCGGCCAAGUGUCGUUCGGCGCCGAGGGCGGUUUGAACGCGUUCAUGGUGCCCGUGACGUACAUUUUGCACCCGAUCGAGGCCGACGCGGAUGAAUACGCGGAUGAGGAGUGA